AUGUUUCGUGUCGUCUCUCUUCACCUGCUAUUCCAGCCUAAGGAAUACAAGCCGAAGGAUGAAACACCAGAGGCGCCAGUUGUUAUGAUUCCACACAAGACCAAACGUGGUGCUGCUACGCUUGCUCGCUUGAAGAUCUAUGAGGGAGUCCCACCUCCAUAUGAAAAGGUUAAGAGAAUGGUUAUACUUGAUUCUCUCAAGUCUCUUGUUUGGUUUAGACCUGAUGCUCUCAAACUUCAGAGUGGCCACAAGUUUUUGCUUAUUGGGCCGUCUAUCAUCUUGAGGUGUUUGAGGCAAAGAGACAAGAAAGAAAUACCAUAA